GAAGGCGGAGUCCUUGUGCGCAUCUGUCUGGGGAACUAAGAGCAACAACUCUUUCAGGUUCAGCCCGCGGAGCUUUUGGGAGCCCAGGGAUGUGUGGCCGGCAGAGGGGCUGGAAAUGAGCCCUGUGAUGGGCUCUCUCUAGAGAGCGGAGGUCCUACAGGGGAGCGCCCCCCCGAGAGACGAGAAGGCAUGGGCGAGUUGUGAGUUGUAGGCUGUGGCUGCUGCACCUGGACCUCCAGCAAGAGCUGGACUCCCCGGCCCGCCCGGAGCCUGUUUGUGCACCUGCCACCUGGGAGACUCCUCUGGGAAACCAAGAUGCCUGUCCACAGCACCACCCUGACGUUGGCCAACAUAUUCUACAUCAUCAUGGAGAUUGUCAUCGGGCUCUGCGCCAUAGUGGGCAACGUGCUGGUCAUUUGGGUGGUCAAGCUGAACCCCAGCCUGCAGACCACCACCUUCUAUUUCAUUGUCUCCCUGGCCCUGGCUGACAUUGCUGUUGGGGUGCUGGUCAUGCCCCUGGCCGUUGUCAUCAGCCUGGGCAUCACGGUCCACUUCUACAGCUGCCUUCUCAUGACCUGCUUGCUGCUGGUCUUCACUCACGCCUCCAUCAUGUUCCUGCUAGCCAUUGCUGUGGACCGAUACCUGCGGGUCAAGCUCACGGUCAGAUCCAGGAUUGCUGAGAUCCCUGGGUGCCUCUGGCCACUGGAGGCUCAUUUCCGUCCAGCCAUGGGGCUCUUCGUUCUGCUCUCCCUGACUGUCCUUUCAGAAGCCAUGGUCAUGGACAAAAAGGUCAAGGAGAGCUUUGUGCUGGACACGGUGUCUGCUGUCUGCAGCUAUGCCGCCCACUACAAGGACCAUCUCAAGUACUGGUGCCGAGGCUAUUACCGGGACUAUUGCAGCAUCAUCGCCUUCACACCCAACAGCACCGGCCGCGUGGCCCUGAGGGACACGGGGGAACAGCUCAUCGUCACUGUGUCCUGCCUGACCAAAGAGGACACGGGCUGGUACUGGUGCGGCAUCCAGCGGGACUUUGCCCGGGAUGACAUGGACUUCACUGAGCUGGUCGUGACUGACUCCAGAGGAGCCCACACCAGUGACUUUUGGUCUAUGAAGGAUGCGUCAAGGAACAGGAACAGAAGCUGCAGGGCUUCCAAACUUGUGUACAAGGCAGAUCACUACAGGAUGUCCAUUCUCAUCACCUGCGUACUGAUCACAGGGGUGGGGAUCAUUUCUCUAAUGACUCACUUGUUCAAAAGGAGGAGGAGUCAAAGAAACAGAAGAAGUAAAGGCCUAGCUCGAAGCCAGAAAACCAGGCAAGCUGCUUCUGCGUUGGCCACACCUCUGUAAACUACUCUUUGAAGCCCCCCUCGUGUGUCCAGACUCCAAAGAAACUGGCUCAAACUGGACAGAUGUGACUGAAGAUUUAUUUAGUUCAUAAGCAAAGUGAUGCUCCAAUAGAAUCACCAUGACAACCAGCCACAUCUACAGCUAGGUAAGAACAGUGGCCACGCCUGUGCAAGGCUAGUCAGAAGACACCUCAAGAUCUUGGUUCUCAUGCAUUGAGCCUGCUGGAAGCAAAGAGGAGGGGCAGAACCUUAGUCAGAGGCCCAGGAGAUCACUUGUAUUUUAUUUGUGAGCCAAUAAAUUUCUAACCAGUGUUGAAUGUA